AUGACGGGGCGUCACACACGCGUCCGACGUGCGCAUCUCACGUCGGCGUACCAUGAGCUGGGAAAGCAGCUCACAUCUGGAAAGCUGUCUGUGGUUGGGCAAUAUACGCUUCAACGCUCCAUUGGCCAAGGUACCUACGGCAAGGUGCGAUUAGCCACGCACCGGCUCACGAAUGAGCGCGUGGCCGUCAAGCAAAUACCCAAGCAGCAUGUCGCCAGCCUAACUCGAGAAAUCCACCACCAUCGUCGACUUCAUCACCCACACGUACUUCAACUGUAUGAAGUGAUUCUCACCGAGUCUCAUAUCUGGAUGGUGACAGAACUGUGCUCGGGUGGCGAAUUGUAUGACGUCGUAGAGAGUCGCGGAGGCUUGCACGAAUCAGAGGCGUACACGUACUUUGCACAGCUAUGCGAUGCAGUGGCCUAUAUUCAUGCACAGGGCAUCGUGCAUCGUGAUUUGAAGCUCGAAAAUAUUCUGCUGGAUGCCCAGGGCCAUGUCAAAGUCAGCGACUUUGGCUUCACGCGCGAGUUUGAGCCGCAUCGUUGGCUGCGUACGAGAUGCGGUACUCAGGCCUACUGUGCACCCGAAAUGCUGGAUGGCCGGCCAUACGUCGGUGAACAGGUCGACAUAUGGUCUAUGGGCGUGAUUUUGUAUGCACUCGUAUGUGGCCAGCUUCCGUUUGACGACGACAAUGACGCCGUCUUACACGACUGCAUUUUGCAUGCAUCACCUCACCUGCCGUCCCAGCUCUCAGUAGAGCUGCGCGAUCUUAUUGGAUCUAUUUUGUCGAAGGAUGGCGCACGUCGUCCCUCUAUCAAAGACAUCGUCUCGCACUCAUGGUUCCAACUGCACGCGGAUCCCGUUCAGGUGGACCACCUCGCCCACAUAUCUACGCCACCUCUACCUCUUAUGGAAAGUGCAGAAGAAAAAGAGCUGUAUGCCAUGCUCCAAGAACUAGGCCUGGCCGUGGGCCAGAUCCGGCACAGCGUUCUCACCCAUGCGUGUGACUCUGCUGGUGCGUUUUGGUGGCUACUACUGCAUAGAAGGAGGCGCCGUGCAGCUUCAUAUACCCUUCGUGUUCCUGGCGCGUACAAGGACGCACCGGAGCUAUUGCCCAGUGUGUCCUCACCCGACCCAUCCGCGCGAUCGUCGCCGGUCAUGCCGAAACCAGCCCGGCCGAUUUCCAUGACGCGACGAACGUCGUCCCGACUUAGUCGAACGUCGAGUGCUAGACGUUCCUCAUUGAGCAGCACUGACUCACACGUCUCGAUGUCACUUCGACGGCACAAAUCCAGCAUGUCGUCCGUGCUACAUGCGCCCCUUCCUCGCCGGCGACGAGACUCGGAAUCCAUCGUAUAUCGCUUACGCAAGGAGAGUCAUCACGCACUUGCGCCGGUUCGAGCGCUGCACGAAAAGCACAGAUCUUUGGACGAAGCCUCGCUGCAGCGAAAGGGCAUGAACCUCACUUCCCGGACGACUCCGCCUGUCGCGCUUGGUACAUCAAGUCUGUCGCCCUUGAGAAUCCGGUGUCGUCGUCCGUUGGUUACGCCGAAACGGCCAUCGCUUCUACGUGUAAGCAAGCCCGAGCGAAAGCUUCCGCCGGAAGAUGAGGAGGGUGAUUGGAUUGACGAAGAGCAUGAGUUUGCGGGCGGACUCGGGCAGCAACCGACUCUCUUGCUCGAUGCGGCGCCAGGACUUUCUCAGCGUCGAGGAUCUCCAUGCCCCUUGCUGCGUCCUAAGCUGUGGACACAGGGCGACAAGUCGGUCUCAUCCACACCAUUGCGGCAGAAAAUGCGGCGCGACGUACCGGCUACCUUGAUUGAGGAAGAGGAUGACAACUCAAGUGAUCCGAGUAGUGUUAUGUAA